GAGAGAGAGAGAGAGAGGGGGCGGGGCGCCCAGAGACCUCUGCUGAUCGCGCCUCCUCGCGAUGCGCUCGCGCUCGCGCUCGCGCUCACACCAACCGGGAAGCGUCCGGGUCUGACAGCUGGCGGACGGAGGGGGAACCACAAACACUGACAGAAGGACGAGCGGGUCUUCCCAGAAAUCAUCCCUGUUUGUCAGCGUCAGGAGGUGUCCUCCGUGUCUCCUCUGCGGCUUUUGCUCACACACACACACACACACACACACACACACACACACACACACACACACACACACACACACACACACACACACACACACACCCACAGAGGAUGGUUAUGUGAUAGGUUGGAGCGGAACCCGGGGGUCUGAUGAUGAUGAUAAGGAUGAAGAGCAGGUUUCUGCCGCUGACCGGGAAGUUCCAGCCGACGCUCAGUGCGGAAUAAAGGAGGCCCGUUUUCACUGAGGGAUUAAAUCACUUAUUUGUAGAAUUCCUCAUUUCUUCUUGUUUCUUGGCUGAAAUGGGGUUUUCAUUCUGCGGGCGGUAGACUACAUGUUGCUGGGCUGACGGAUGGAGAUCUUCUAUGGCCAUAUCUGGACUGAUUAGAGUUAACAGGACGGAACACAUCCAGGUCAACUGAGCGUCUAAUGUGUGCUGAGUGUGACAUGGGUAAUAUGGGACAAUUCAGCCUCCUUACUUUACAUUACUUCAUUCUCAACUGGCCCUUUAUGAUUUGUGCAAAUGCUGCAUUUACCGAGGUCCCUAAGGAUGUGAGUGUGGGGGAGGGCGAGGAUGUGGAGAUGCCCUGCGCCUUUAGGGCGCUCAGCUCAGUGCCCAUGUCUCUGGAGAUCCAGUGGUGGUACCUGAAGCACAAAGAUCUGCCUCAAGAGCUGCAGAUCAGCUCGCCAGCCAACACAGCACAGGUAGUUCCAAGGGAAGCCACCAAAAUAAGCACUGUGCGUGUUCAGGGCAACGCCAUCUCGCACCGCCUCAGCCUGUCCCGGGUGAAGAAGGAGGACGAGGGCGUGUACGAGUGCCGUGUGUCCAACCUGUGGGCCGACGACGCCGACGCCACCAAGUUCACAGUCCGCGCCACGCUGCGGGUCACGCUAGGGGGGGGCGGCGGCAUGGUGGCAGAGGAGGCCGUGUCGCACAUCCAGAACCGCUGGCCACUGAGGAGCAGCAAUACAGCGCUGGGAGGGGGCGGGGCCGGGUGGGCCACCGUGGAGCCGGGCCGGGGGGGCCAGCGGGGGCCCGGCCCCCCCCCGGUCAGCUCCACCAGCAGCACCUCGCUGGCCAAGUCGUCAGCUUCAGCGAUGCCAGGGAGCGCUGCCAUCCUCCGGCAGCAGCUUGGAGCGGGCUGUGGUGUGAUGAGCACCAUGGACCCCCUCCUCUGCAUCACUCUCCUGUUCCUGCAUAAAAUCCUUCCCUAUCUGUUGGCCCACUGAGGAGACUUUAACCAAAAUCACAUCGACCUGCAACCUUCUCACUUUCUAUACCAAAAACAAACACAGCUGUCAGUUCCCACCAGGGGAACGAGGCUCACAUUAAAUCAAUGUUUGCUGCUGCAACAAAUCACUGCAGGGAGUGAAAGCAGUGCAAAAGGACGGAGGAGACUCAAAUGACGGAGAACGCUCCUGGGACUUGAAACAGAGAUGGGAGCUCCAUUACUAUUGAGCAGGCUGAGUGUGUGCUCCCAGUGGAUGAUGGGAGCAUCCCUGCUGAUCCACACAACGUGGCCACAUGAAGCGCUCCUCCGCUCUGCACCUGCUUCAUGCAUGGCCUCCUCAAACACUCCACAUGCAGUACUUCCGCUGUGAGUUCUGUUC